UAUGUGCCUUGGUAUCAAGUGUGUUUGUUUUUUGUUUGUUUGGAUAUUUCUUUUAGGUUAAAAAGUUGUAUCAUCUCAGGGAAGCAGUAGCCUAUCGUGGGUUUCUUGGAGCAGCAACUCAGACCAAUAAUGAGCAGAUGAUACCAGUUAAAUCGUGUCUGGCAGACAACAUCAUCACAGUGGCAACACCGCACAAGCAACAUCAGAGAGCAGGGGACUUUUGUGUUCCCAAGUCAGUGGGAAACAUGCCCAGUAUCUCAGCUGCCAAAGUGGCUGCAGUUUCUACAUAGAUCUCUAUAGAUCUUGUAACCAUGUCUGUUAACACAACAGCGAAUGAUCCUCCUAGAUUCUUUGUGGGUGGAGAAGAUGGAGAAGAAUUAUUGGAUUCAGCCAGAUCUACAGAUUAUGAACACUUCUAUGACCAUGGGGAAGAAGAGGAGGAAGAGUAUGACUCUCCACCAGAAAGACAAAUUGCAGUUGGGAUUUGUUCAAUGGCUAAGAAGUCUAAGUCCAAACCAAUGAAAGAAAUUCUUGAACGCCUCUCCAUGUUUAAGUACAUAACUGUGGUAAUAUUUGAAGAGGAUGUUAUUUUGAAUGAGCCAGUAGAAAACUGGCCUUUAUGUGACUGUCUGAUUUCUUUUCAUUCUAAAGGAUUUCCACUGGACAAAGCAGUUGCCUAUGCAAAACUCAGGAAUCCAUUCAUAAUCAAUGACUUGAAUAUGCAGUAUCACAUACAAGACAGGAGAGAAGUAUAUGGUAUUCUUAAAGCUGAAGGCAUUUUACUUCCUCGCUAUGCAGUUCUGAACCGUGAUCCAAACAAUCCCCAAGAAUGCAACUUGAUUGAAGGAGAAGAUCACGUGGAAGUGAAUGGAGAAAUUUUCCAAAAGCCUUUUGUAGAAAAGCCAGUUAGUGCUGAGGACCACAAUGUUUACAUUUAUUACCCAACAUCUGCUGGGGGUGGAAGCCAGAGGCUCUUUCGAAAGAUCGGCAGCAGAAGCAGCGUUUAUUCCCCUGAAAGCAGUGUGAGAAAAACAGGCUCCUAUAUUUAUGAGGAAUUCAUGCCUACAGAUGGCACUGAUGUGAAGGUGUACACAGUAGGUCCAGACUACGCUCAUGCUGAGGCCCGGAAGUCUCCAGCUCUGGAUGGCAAGGUAGAACGAGAUAGUGAAGGAAAAGAAGUGAGGUAUCCAGUCAUCCUGAAUGCAAGAGAGAAGUUAAUUGCUUGGAAAGUAUGCCUUGCCUUUAAACAAACAGUUUGUGGCUUUGAUUUGCUGCGUGCAAAUGGACAGUCCUAUGUCUGUGAUGUGAAUGGCUUCAGUUUUGUGAAAAACUCCAUGAAAUACUAUGAUGAUUGUGCUAAGAUACUGGGAAAUAUCAUAAUGAGAGAACUUGCUCCCCAGUUUCAGAUACCAUGGUCAAUUCCUUUGGAAGCUGAAGACAUCCCUAUUGUGCCAACCACGUCUGGAACAAUGAUGGAGCUUAGAUGUGUUAUAGCUGUAAUACGCCAUGGGGACCGAACACCAAAACAAAAAAUGAAAAUGGAAGUAAAACAUCAGAAGUUUUUUGAUCUCUUUGAAAAAUGUGAUGGAUAUAAAUCUGGAAAACUAAAACUGAAAAAACCAAAACAGUUGCAGGAAGUGCUUGAUAUAGCAAGGCAACUCCUUGUAGAACUUGGCCAAAACAAUGAUUCUGAAAUUGAAGAAAGUAAAGCAAAACUUGAACAGCUAAAGACUGUGUUAGAAAUGUAUGGCCAUUUUUCAGGCAUAAAUCGCAAAGUUCAGUUGACAUAUCUUCCUCAUGGUUGCCCAAAGACUUCCAGUGAAGAGGAAGAUAAUAGAAGAAAUGAGCCAUCCCUGCUUCUGGUUCUAAAAUGGGGAGGAGAAUUGACCCCUGCAGGCAGGGUUCAAGCAGAGGAACUUGGAAGGGCUUUCAGGUGUAUGUAUCCAGGUGGACAAGGAGAUUAUGCUGGAUUUCCUGGAUGUGGUUUACUUAGAUUACAUAGCACUUACCGACAUGAUCUCAAAAUCUACGCUUCUGAUGAGGGACGAGUUCAGAUGACUGCAGCAGCUUUUGCAAAGGGACUACUGGCCUUAGAGGGAGAGCUGACUCCUAUUCUUGUCCAGAUGGUAAAAAGUGCUAAUAUGAAUGGUCUGUUGGACAGUGACAGUGAUUCUUUAAGCAGCUGUCAGCAUCGUGUUAAAGCAAGACUCCAUGAAAUUCUCCAGAGAGACAGAGAAUUUACUGCUGAUGACUAUGAUAAGCUUACUCCAUCUGGAAGCAUGUCAUUGAUAAAAUCAAUGCAGGUUAUUAAAAAUCCUGUAAAGACAUGUGACAAGGUCUAUUCCUUGAUCCAGAGCUUGACUUCGCAGAUCAGGCAAAGAAUGGAAGAUCCAAAGUCUGCAGAUAUUCAGCUGUACCACAGUGAAACACUAGAACUGAUGCUGCGCAGGUGGGCCAAGCUGGAAAAAGACUUUAAAACAAAAAAUGGAAGAUAUGAUAUUAGCAAAAUUCCCGAUAUUUAUGACUGUAUAAAAUAUGACGUGCAGCACAAUGGCUCCUUAAAAUUAGAAAACACAAUGGAAUUAUACAGGCUUUCAAAGGCUUUAGCUGACAUUGUGAUUCCUCAGGAAUAUGGUAUUUCUAAGGCUGAGAAACUAGAGAUUGCCAAAGGUUACUGCACUCCUCUAGUUAGAAAAAUCCGUUCUGACCUUCAGAGGACUCAAGAUGAUGAUACUGUAAAUAAGCUUCACCCUCUUUACUCCAGGGGUGUUAUGUCCCCUGAACGCCAUGUUCGUACACGGCUGUAUUUCACCAGCGAGAGUCAUGUCCACUCCCUGUUAUCCACCCUUCGUUAUGGUGCCUUAUGUGAUGAAUCAAAAGAUGAACAAUGGAAACGAGCUAUGGAUUAUUUAAAUGUUGUCAAUGAACUCAAUUACAUGACACAGAUUGUUAUCAUGCUUUACGAGGAUCCAAACAAGGAACUUUCUUCAGAAGAACGUUUUCAUGUAGAGCUGCACUUUAGUCCAGGAGCCAAAGGUUGUGAGGAAGAUAAAAAUUUACCAGCUGGGUAUGGAUACAGACCUGCCUCCAGAGAGAAUGAAGGCUCAAAGAAAACCUCUCAUAGAAAUGAUAGUGAUGAGGAGGCACACGCUCCUAAAAGAGAUGAAGCAGACCGGUCAGUAGUGAUGUUCAAGCCAAUGGUAUCAGACCCAAUUCACAUACACAGAAAGUCACCCCUUCCAAGAUCCAGGAAGAUUGGUUCUGUUGAAGAAGAGAGCCCCCUGAGUGUGUCUAGCCCAGAGUGUAUUGGUACCUGGCUGCAUUACACCAGUGGUGUGGGUACUGGGCGUCGAAGACGCAGAUCAGGGGAACAAAUCACUUCUUCCCCUGUCUCCCCUAAAUCAUUGGCUUUCACAUCCAGUAUUUUUGGCUCAUGGCAACAGGUCUUAUCAGAAAGCAAUAGUAACUUACGAACACCAAGAACUAUUCUGGAACAAAAGCAGAGUGGUCUAGGGUCUCACUGUGCGGGCCUGUUUAGCACCUCAGUGCUCGGGGGUUCUUCAAGUGCACCUAACCUACAGGAUUAUGCUCGUACUCAUCGUAAAAAGCUGACUUCUUCUGGCUUCAUAGAUGACACCACACGCGGUUCUGCUGUUAAAAGGUUUUCUAUCUCAUUUGCUCGACACCCAACCAAUGGUUUUGAACUGUAUUCCAUGGUGCCUUCUAUUUGCCCUUUGGAAACUCUACACAACUCCUUGUCUCUGAAGCAGGUGGAUGAAUUUCUUGCCUCUGUUGCUGCUCCAUCGAGGGAAAAUCUACAGGAGACAUCUUCUCCAGCUUACAUGAUUCCACUGCCAGGAAGAAAAAUUUCUUUAAAUACAUACACCCCUGCAAAAAUUCAACCAACACCACUUGAAACUUUGCCUGAAAGGCUAGCAAUAGAGAAACCAACCUUAUCUACCCGUGGAUCUUCUGUUUGUGUAUCUAAUGUUAAGCUAUCUCUUGAAGAGGUCUCACUAGAUGUCGAACUUAGUGGGGAAACACUUUCUGAGAAGAAGUGAAGUUGAUCAGACAAAACUGGAAGCAACUUAAACAAUUCUUUAGUGUGUGUGUUCAACAAAAUUACUGAGCUUUCAAAAGCCAUUCAUGUCUGCAGCUCAUAGUGCACUUAAUCUUUAGUUCAUACAUGGUUCACUAGUGCGCACGCUACAUAUUUAGGUCAAAUGUCUUUUCUCAUUUUGUAAAACAUUUCAGGAAAUAUAUUUAUCAGUUAGAUGAACUGCACACCUUUAAUGGAAAAGCUGCACAUGAACCUUUUCAGUGUCUUCAAAUAUUUACUGUAAACUUGUACAAAAAGAAAGUACCAGUGCAGUGGUAUGUUUUACAGUGACUCUGUUGAUGUCGCUGUAAUGAAGGCAUUGUCUGUUGUUAACAUAAACUUCUAUUUUCAGGAGUUUAUAAUCUCCCUGUGAAUUUCUUUUGUGGGCUGAAAUGUUACACACAUCUUGGCUAGAAGCUUUUUUUUAAUUUAACUACAUUUCCAAAGAGAUCUCUUUUGCCUGGUUUUGAAGAUAAGCAGAUAUUUUCUGCAUUUGAAUUACUUUAUAUCAUAUAUGCUGCAAUAAUUAGGCAUGAUGGAGUGAGUUAAUGUAUUGUCACUUUUGACUGUCCUUAUUUUUAUUCUGUGUUUACAUCAGACCUGUAACAUUCAAAUACAUCUUCUCUUUUGUUGUUUAGUAUACAUGCUUGUAUACGGGUACCUGUACAUCACCCAGUGGAUAAAACUGUGUUUUAUAUGCUUUUAUCAAAACCUUCUUUUGUUUACUAAAAAGACAGUUUUAUUUGCUUUGCCAUAAGUUUCUACAAAAACGUGAUAUUAAAAAGCAGGUUUUUGUAAAAAGAGAAAUGGUUACAGCUGGUCUGCUAGUAAGUUUAUCGUAAAAGUUGUAAAUAUUCCAUCUAUGCUUUAUUAUCAUCCCUUCAGAGCAGAGAGAGACUAUGGUCUACCACAACAGUGCUUACUAUUGCAAAAUACUCAGGACUCAUCAUGGCCUGGGAAUUUUCAUAUCUCUCUCCUUCCAGUCUAGGUCCUCGACAGCAACUCUCAUUAAAAAAAAAAAAAACAAACCAACCAACAAACCCAACAACCAUUAAAGAUUUUACAAGAGCUGUGAGAAGCAUUAGUAAAUCAGUGGAACUUUGAGUUAUUGGGUUAUGUAGAGUAAUCAUCCAGUCUCAGAAGUUCUUGUGAUUUUAUCUGUGGCAUGGAACAUUAUUGAAUUGUUAUAAUUAUCCCAAAUGUAUGAAAAUAUAGUCCACUUUUGUAAGUUCAAGUGGCUGAUAUUAAUAACAGACUUCAUAAACUACAAGUUAGAUAAUUCCUUUCACAUUUAAGUUGCAGAAGACAUAACUUCUGAGUAAUAUUUUUAAGUAGGGCUCUUACUUGUCUCCAGAGCCAGUGCAACUAUAAUUACAUUCACUUUGCCAUGGGGUCUGUUUUCAGUGUUUAUCACACAUGAAAUGGCUUCAGCAGACUAAUUCUAAAAAUGCUGGUUAAAUACCAAAAAUAUGAAGGGUUUCACAGCUAUAUACUUAAAACAUUUCAUUUUCUGUAGUAUAAUUGUGUUAUUGACAAUGUUGGUCUUGCACACAACUGAAUGUACACUUGUUUACUGUUUUAAAAAAUACUGUUAAAAUUCAAGUAUGCGUAUCAUUCCAGUCAACCAAAGCUGUGGCAUAACUUUUUUUUAUGUGCUCCUAAAUAAAAACAAGGUCACUGGCAACUUCUCUCCAUUCUGUUUUCCUUUAAGAGUAUAUG